GUGCCGAAGCGAUUCGACAGCAGGGAAGAUGGCGGACGAUCCGAGCGCAGCCGACAGAAACGUGGAAAUCUGGAAAAUUAAGAAGCUCAUCAAGAGUUUGGAGGCUGCGAGGGGUGUGGGACCGAUUGCAGAGGAACAAACAUUACACCUGUCUGUCUGUGAUGAGAAGGAUGACCGUAAAGUUUACUGACAUUUCUAGAAAGAGUUGAGCCGCUGUCUAAAUGUCAAUGCCAUUAUGGUUUCUAGUAAAGAGAUGGUCUUUGCUUGUUAUGGCUACACAGGCUACAAUGUGACUUGAACCAUUCAAGUAAUGGGACCAGUAUGAUUUCACUGAUCAUCCCUCCUAAAGAUCAGAUCUCCAGAGUGGCCAAGAUGCUGGCUGACGAGUUUGGCACAGCUUCCAACAUCAAGAGCAGAGUCAACAGACUGUCUGUGCUUGGAGCCAUCACCUCUGUACAACAGAGACUCAAGCUCUACAACAAAGUGCCCCCAAAUGGUCUGGUAGUUUACUGUGGCACCAUAGUGACUGAAGAAGGCAAAGAGAAGAAAGUCAACAUUGACUUUGAGCCUUUCAAACCCAUCAAUACCUCGCUUUAUCUCUGUGACAACAAAUUUCACACUGAGGCUCUGACAGCGUUGUUGUCUGAUGACAGCAAGUUUGGCUUCAUCGUGAUCGAUGGUAGCGGUGCACUAUUCGGGACCUUACAGGGCAACACUAGAGAAGUGCUUCACAAAUUUACAGUGGAUCUACCCAAAAAACACGGUCGUGGAGGACAGUCUGCGCUGCGUUUUGCACGAUUGAGAAUGGAGAAGAGACAUAACUACGUGCGCAAGGUGGCCGAGACGGCGGUGCAACUGUUUGUGUCCAACGAUAAAGUCAACGUAGCAGGCUUGGUGCUGGCUGGUUCAGCAGACUUCAAGACCGAACUCAGCCAGUCCGACAUGUUUGACCCGAGGUUACAGGCUAAGGUGCUGAAGCUGGUGGACAUCUCUUACGGAGGAGAGAAUGGUUUCAACCAGGCCAUCGAGCUUUCGGCCGAGGUCCUUUCCAACGUCAAAUUCAUCCAGGAGAAGAAACUAAUAGGUCGCUAUUUUGACGAGAUCAGCCAGGACACGGGGAAAUACUGUUUUGGUGUGGAGGACACGCUGAAGGCCCUGGAGAUGGGUGCUGUGGAGAUCCUAAUUGUUUACGAGAACCUGGACACCAUGAGAUACAUCCUACGAGUACAUGGGGCUGAGGGCAACGGAGCAGAAAACGAUGAAAAGACCAUUUAUUUGACGCCUGAGCAAGAGAAGGACAAGUCCCACUUCACAGACAAGGAGACGGGGCAGGAGCACGAGCUGAUCGAAUGUAUGCCACUGCUGGAGUGGUUUGCUAAUAACUACAAGAAGUUUGGUGCCACGCUGGAGAUCGUCACAGACAAAAGUCAAGAGGGUUCGCAGUUUGUGAAGGGAUUUGGAGGAAUUGGAGGUAUCUUGCGGUACAGAGUGGAUUUCCAGGGAAUGGAAUACCAGGGAGAAGAUGAUGAGUUUUUCGAUUUGGAUGACUACUAGGUAGUCUGAGACUGAAAUGAGAAGCGAAAUGAAAAAAGAAUGAUAUGGAGAGAAGAAAUCUAGAAAGAAAUAUCUUUCUUUUGCAGCAAGUGAGUGUGUGGACCCUAAUUAACCACAAACACACAUAAAACACACAAACAGGCAGUUUCCGAAGCUGGAGAGGAAUUAACUGUCUGUCAAUCAAAAUGAAGGACAGCGCCCUUCACGAAUAACAAAUCUGCUCCUGCCUUAGAGGGCUCUGAUUGGAUAAGACUUUGCCUCAUUUUUGUUUAUUCUUUCCCUUUGAAUUCAAGAAGUGACAGCACGUGCCCAUGGUGUAACUCCGCUCAGCCCAACAAAGAACCAUCUCUGGACUCACUCCUCUUAUAAAGAAAUAUAUAUUUUUCUUUAUGUCCUUAAAUUUUUUUUUUUUCUUCUUUCCCAGACCAUUCUUGCCUCAGUGGGUCCUUUUCGCAUUUCCCUUUUUUUUUUUAACUGGCAAUUGCUGCUGCUGUGUUUUAUGACAGUGUGGGAUUUUUUUUUUUUACCUGGGUUUCUGUAGCGAGGGGGGGGAUGGGGCGGGCCAAAAAGUAUUAAAUUUGAACUCUUUAAAAUUCAAUAUCCUUACAUGUGACUGGGUUUGUUUUUGUUUUUGUUUGUUUUGUUUUUUUCCCUCCCUGGAAAGAAAAGGAUGAUGGCAGUGGUUAUCAAGAUAUAAAACACUUUGUCAAUCUUUGUAAGGCUUUUACAGUGCUUUUCAUUCUUUAUUUUUUCUUAGACAUGAUGAAGAAAUUGUUUGCUUUGUGACUCCUUUGUGCUCAAGACAUGACGAAAGGCAGCUGUGCUCUGGAAUCACUCGCCUUGAUUAAGAGCCUGAAAAUGAGCAUUGAACACUUUAAUGAGUGGAAAGAGUUCAGGGUUCGUUUUUGUUUCGGACCAGAUUGUGUAUUACCCUGGAGUUGUAUUUAGCCAAAGCUGAUAUUGCCAAUGACCAAUAAUUACAUACAGGGCUUUUCUUGUCCAAACUUAAUAAAAUAAACAAAAUCCCUCUGAAGCAAUUAGUGGCAUUCAGUAGGGUUUUCCAUAACACAUACAUGUGGUCAAUGGUAAGCAAGCUGAACUUGCUAAAAAAAAAAAAAAAUCCAACACAAAACCCUGUACUGUACAGCUGAAUUGCGUGAAACACAAAUCCCAAACUCACUUAUCAGGAUGUCAUUCAUGAUAAUUUGACAUUUCAACAAAAUGUCAUGAUUGUUGUCCAUAUUAGUUAUACUACGCAAGGGUCAAAUUUCUAAGAACCAUUUUGUUACAGACUGUUCCCCCCCCACACACACAUCAUUUACACGCUAUUUAGCAACUCAUGUCUGUCCUGAAGCUGCUCAUGAAUGAAAAAUGAAGCGCACUAUGUUUCCAUCUA